AUGGAUAACGUGCUCGCCAAACCUGCAGACCUCUGCUGCCUCAAGGGAUCGUUUCAUUCCGGGGAGGCUACUGGCUCUACAAUCCAGAUUGACGGUAUCGACACUUACGUGGCCAAGCCUCAUCCCAACAGGUCUAAUGGAAAUGUCCUUCUUUUCUUCCCUGAUGCAUUCGGUCUGCAUAUCAAUAGCUUCCUCAUGAUGGAUGCUUUCGCCGAGUGCGGUUACCUUACUCUUGGUGUCGAUUACUUCCUCGGUGAUCCCGUAACAAAGCACUCGCUGACGCCGUUGAGUGAUCCAAAUUUUGACUUUGAGUCAUGGAAGAACAAGCAUCUCAAGGCGUCUGAGGAGGCUGCUGCUAGAUGGGUCAAGGCCGUGAAAAUACAGUACGGCACAGGCAAGGAGGUCAAAUUUGCUUGCGUUGGCUACUGUUGGGGUGCUCGCUUCGUUUGCCAACAGCUGUCUGCAGACGGUAUAUGCAAAGCCGGCGCCAUCGCCCAUCCUUCGUUUCUGAAAGAAAGCGAUGUCUUUUACGCCCAAGGCGAUACAGAUAAGCUGUUCGAACCUGAGCAGAGAAGCAGGACUAUCGAGAUCCUGACAGAGAACAACAAGCAGUUCAACAUGCAAGUCUUUGCCAAUGUUGGACAUGGCUUUGCGUCGCGAGCUCGUUUGACUGACCCUUAUGAAAAGUGGGCUAAAGAGGCGAGCUUCAAGAGUUUUGUUGACUGGUUCGACUUUUGGAUGGAGAAUAAGUAA